UCAAAAUCGAAAGUACAGCUAGCUCAUGGCUUUCGUGUCGCGCGCCGUUUAGUCUGCCGCGGUGCCCCGAUCUAAUGUAAACCGGUAAUCUUCCUCCCGAUUUCUCUAACGCUUUCUACUACGUGAUUCCUCCUUCCGGAUCUUGUCGCGACAGAGCACUAAGUCGCCUCGCAACUCUCGUGUGCAAAUGGUAUUUUUCGUUCUUCCUUUUUUUCCCCCCUCGCGCUCCAGGAUUGGCUGCGAUAAUGUGUCAUUUCAAUCUCUAUGAAGUUGACGCUUCAUUUUCAAAAAUAGAAAACUGUAACACAGUUCCGUUUACACCCGCAAUAGUUCUGUUUCUCGAGGCGCUUCAAUCUGCCGAAGAAAUCACUUCAUUACGAAGCAGCCGCUUCCGUCUCAAUUAAGGUGAAGCUGAUCUUCUACUUUCCGUAGUAAAAGACGGAAGGAUCGGGUCGAUCGCUUCUGCAAUCUCCAGAAGGCCAUCUUCGUCGUAUCGGUCACGUCGUCCUUCGAUAUGCAAGAGAAUCGGUAUGCACGAAGACAGGAAAAUUGAACCACGAGCAGGCCCGACCGAAAUGGCAGCUUCCCAGCCCGUGGAGAACGGAAAAAGAAACGAUGACAAAACAUCAGUCACGGAUGAGGAAGCAUAUAUUUCCAAACUUCGACAAGCAGUACCGCAGUGUUGCGCGGUUGGCGCUAAAAAUUUACUCCUAAUUACUUUUGGUACAACCUUGGGAUUCUCAACUAUCCUUAUUCCAGCACUGCAGAAGGAAGAUGCGGACAUCAAAGUCACGAUGGAGGAAUUGACAUGGAUCAGUAGUUUAAAUUUAUUUCUCGUGCCGAUCGGCUGUCUGGCGAGCGGGCCGCUGUCGCAGUACCUUGGCAGGAAACGGACGAUGAUGCUGGCGAAUAUACCAUUCGUGAUGGCCUGGCUGAUAUUUUACUACGCCAGCAAUCCCGCGAUGUUGCUCGCGGCGCUCGCGAUGACGGGCCUGACGGGCGGUCUCCUCGAGGGCCCGGUCAUAACUUACGUCGCCGAGGUGACGCAGCCCUACCUACGCGGCAUGCUCUCCGCGACGUCCUCGAUGGCGGUGAUCCUGGGUGUCUUCACGCAGAUGUUGAGCGGCAGUUUGGUCCACUGGAGAACGGUGGCGUUGAUCAAUCUGAUUUAUCCGAUUCUUUGCUUCUUCGCUCUCUGCUUGGUGCCCGAGAGCCCGCACUGGCUCGCCGUCAAGGGUCGAUUAAAGGAAUCGGAACGCGCUCUCUGCUGGUUGCGGGGCUGGGUGGGUCCGUCGCAAGUGCAAAAUGAAUUUAAGGCGCUCUGCGAGGCGAUUCGGAAGCCGACCGAUGACGUCGACGCUGACAAGGAGAAGGUCUGGAAGUCCUACACGAAGCGGACCUUCUACUUGCCCUUCAUUCUGGUUAGCUCGGCCUUCUUCAUCAGCAGCUUCGGUGGAGUCACGACCCUGCAGACCUUCGCCGUCGUGAUAUUCGCCAAACUGAACGCGCCGAUCGACAAGUACACGGCCACGGUGUUCCUGGGCGUGGCUCAGCUAAUCGGCAUUAUAAUUUGCGUGCUGACGAUCCACCUCGUAGGAAAACGCAAGCUGACCUUCGUAUCGGUCGGCGGUACUGGUUUAUGCUUCCUCAUUACCGCUAUCUACGGUUAUCUCAAUGAAAUGGGUUACUUGGACGGGAUCAAAUACAGCUGGAUACCGACUACUCUCAUGAUAGGCGGAGCAUUCACGGCGAACCUCGGCAUCAGGACGCUGCCUUGGAUCCUCGCGGGCGAGGUGUUUCCCGUGAAGGUACGCAGCAGCGCAACCGGCGCGGCCGGUAUGAUCGCCUACAUCAUGGCAUCAAUCGCCAACAAGACUUUCCUCUACAUGAUGAACAGCAUGUCACUGCCCGGCACGUUUUUCUUCUACUCGCUGAUCAACCUCCUCGGCUUAUGCCUUCUGUACGUGAUAUUACCCGAGACCGAGGGUAGAACCUUGCGCGAAAUCGAGGAGCAUUACGCCGGCAUACAGAAUCUCAAGGAUCGGCCGGGGAAGGAGCAGCAGGCCGCCAAGGAGAAAUGGGCAGUCACGAAUCCAGCGAUCGUAUACGACGAGAAUACCGAAAGUAAAUUGUAGAAACUCGGCCUGGCAACUUCAUGAAUUAAACUGUCAUAUUGUUAACUGUUGCAUUUCGAACUGUCUUCGCGGGAAAGAUUUGUUGCAUAAAAAACAUUUGAUUUCGUAACUGACUCAAUGUAGCCUGUACGGAAAAGAGGCGAUCGUUCGUAGAGAUUAUUUGAUUGAUGAUCUAUUUCAGUGCAACAGGGAACGAGACCGCAAGAGCGAUAAGUUGAUCGAGUUUUUCCAACAAAGUCUCCGAGAAAAGAUUAAAGCUGAGUGAUACGUUGAAGAUUCUUAGGAAAUAGUAUUUUUAUUUAUUAUUUUGUAUUAUUUAAAAGAGACGCGGUUGCCAUAAAACGGUUCUGAUAUCACCACCGACAUUACUGCUGACUUAAUCUUUAGAAACGAAGAAACUGACUUAUGAACUCUGAACUGGCAGUUUAUUUUCUUCCCCAAAAUAUCUUUGCCAUAUACUUAAAUAAAAAAAAUACAGGAGUCGAUGGAAAAGAUAAAUUUCUAAAGGUUAGCAGAAUACUCGACAGACUUGUCUCAUUGACUUGAGAUUCAUUUCUUCGUUAUUGCUUAGGGAAGCUUUUAUAUUUUACGAAGACCUUCGCAUCCUUUUAUUGCGAUUGAAUUAUAUUUACGUAGGUUUAAUAAAAAUGAAAACGAGGUUGUAUAACGAGGGGCUGAGUAGAAUUAAGCGUUAUUAAUUACAUUAAUAAACACUGUUGCAUAUUAUCAAGGUUGAGAAGUAAUUCCUUACUUGUAACGAAGUUACAGUUACAGUUACUUCUUUUUGGCAACUCUAACUUAACUUCGUUACUU